UCCCUGUGAUCACGUGACGGAGAAGUUCAGUCAGCUGAUAAAUUGCCUGCUGCUUUAGCUGUGCUGCUCCAGGUGCUGUCAGCACAAACCUCCAACAACCGCAGGUAGCAAACAACUCCCGGAUCGGACGUCUUGACUCUAGUGCUGCCAUCAAGAAUCGGAGCCAUGUCUGUGGUGAAGCUGGAGGAGUGUCGAGAGCAAAUCCGCACACAGCUGGACAACGCAGUGGACUUCUGGCUCAAAUAUUCCCACGACACUGUACACGGAGGCUUUUUCACCUGUAUCGGAAAGGAUGGGAAGGUUUAUGAUGAGCUGAAGUAUGUCUGGCUUCAAGGCCGACAGGUGUGGAUGUAUUGUCGUUUGUACCGAACCAUGGAUCGCUUCAGAAGGCCUGAAAUCCUAGAAGCGGCAAAAGCUGGAGGGGCUUUCCUGAGAAAGUUUGCCCGAGUGUCGAGUGACGAGUGGAAAUGUGCCUUCUGCUUAACAAGAGAUGGUAAAGCGGUCAAAGUUCAGAGGACCAUAUUCAGUGAGUGUUUCUACAUCAUGGCCAUGGAUGAACUAAGCAGAGUCACUGGUGACAAGGACAUGCAGCUGGAGGCUGAGCAGAUGAUGGAGCAGCUAAUCCACUGGGUUCGAGUGGACUCGUCAGGCCUGGGCCGGCCCCAGCUCCCCGGAGACGUUCCCACCAACAGCAUGGCAGUUCCCAUGAUGCUCCUGUGCCUGAUCCAACAGCUGACUCAGGGUCGUGGACAGGACGUGGGUCAGAAGUACAGAGAACUGGGAAGCUGGUGUGUACAGCAGAUUCUCCAACACAUUCAGAGAGGUGGCACAGCUAUUUUAGAGAACGUGUCAGUGGACGGAGCAGAGCUGCCAGGAUGCCAGGGUCGAAUACAGAACCCAGGCCAUGCCCUGGAAGCAGGCUGGUUCCUGCUUGAGUACGGUGCAGAGUGGAAGGACGAGGCGAUCCAGAGAACUGCCAUCGACAAGUUCAUGGAGCUCCCUUAUCAAUGCGGCUGGGAUAAAGAGCACGGGGGCCUCUUCUACUUCCUGGACGUUGACGGUCACUGCCCCACACAGCUGGAGUGGAGUAUGAAGCUGUGGUGGCCUCACUGUGAGGCUCUCAUCGCCUUCCUCAUGGCCUACAGUCAAACCAAGAAGCCUGAGAUGCUGGAGAGAUUCCUCCAAGUUUACGAAUACACGUUUAGUCAUUUUCCUGACACUAAGAAUGGUGAAUGGUUUGGCUAUUUGACGCAAGAAGGGAAAGUAGCACUGGAUUUUAAAGGAGGGCCCUUCAAAGGCUUCUUCCAUGUGCCUCGCUGCCUGUACAUGUGUGAGCGUAUUCUGGACGAUCUGCUGGCAAACAAGGACUGAGCAUCCUAGACGUGAAUGUUCUGAAAACUGGAGCUUAUCUUGACUUGGUGGUUCCUAAAAUAAAUCAAACCACAUAAUAUUUAAAUAUGCAUUGCACACUGUACAGUUGCAAUAAUUGUUUCAUCUCUUUGUCCUACCACUUGUUUUACAGCAGUAUUUUGUGUAUAAAACAAGGGCCUUCUUUACAUUUCCACUAUUGACAGUUUGUUGUGACUUCCAGUGGAGAUUUUUUUUUCUUUCUAUGAGUACUGUUGACUUUCAACAAAAAAAAAAAAAAAAAAAAAAAGAGUCCAGACCUGCUGGUUGGCAGAGUUUUCUCUAAGCGUUCAUAAAACGUUACGAUUUCCAUAAAGUUGCCAUGUUGUGUUGCAUACUACUGUGCAGCUACAGGUAGAUCUACUUUCUCGUUGACAGGAGUAUACUUAUUAAAACCAGUUUGUCAAGGAACUGCUUAGGGGGUUUAAUGUAGAAGAGAGGACAACAUGUUACUGGUGAACGUGGCUGUA